CUCCCUGCUGGGACAUUGCCAAAUCCAUACACCUCCAUUGUGAAAGGGUUUAAUUAAUAUUCAAGGAAUUCUAUAGGAUAUACACGAAUUUUCCAAGAUAGGGUCCUUAAAUAAGAGAGCGGCAUACCUCGAGUGCUAGCUAUAGGAUUUACUAACGGCGAUUAUGCGCGCUCCCCGCGUAGAGCCAGUGCAGCAUUAGCAAAUGCUCGCCCCCGCCCCGAAGGUGACAAGCUGUAUUCCCGGGAACGAGUUGGAGCUGCGCGAGUUAAAGUUGGGCUCAGGGGGGGCAAAGCAUGCUGUUCUGGCAAGCGAGAAGGAGAAAAUAUCAUCCAAAAUAAUUGUUUACAUCUUAAACGUACGAAGAAAUACCAUUCUUCACUAAAGGAUGAAUUAUAAAACACUGAGCGCAAGCCUCUUAAUUUUUAUAGGUUUGCAGCAUUGCUCAUCACGACCAUGUCUUGAUCCUUUGACCCCUUACCUCUAUGCAUCUUCAUUCUUGGCUUCCUCCAGAUAUAACAUCUUGCACUCUGCCAACUUUGCCAGAUUGUACGGGAGUAGUGGGUGGUCCCCAGCUCCUUCUGACAAGCAGCCCUGGCUCCAGAUUGACCUGCACAGGAAGUACCGUAUUGUUGCCAUCGCCACCCAGGGCACCUUCAACUCCUACGACUGGAUCACUAAGUACACAUUGCUCUAUGGGGACCGACCUGACUCCUGGACCCCUUACAUCCAAAGAGGGGGGAACUCGACACUGUCAGGGAACUGGAAUUACUACCAAGUGAAGAGGCACAAUUUCCACUAUGCCUUCACUGCCAAACACCUGCGUAUCCUGCCCUUGGGCUGGAACACCCAGUGGGGCGGUAAAAUUGGGGUCCGACUGGAGAUCUUCGGCUGCCCCUAUGACUCCUACGUCAUGUCGUACUAUGGAGACGACAUGUUGGCCUACACGUUUCCAAGGAGGAAGUCUCGUACACUGAAGGACCACAUCGCUCUGAACUUCAAGACACUUGAACGGGACGGGUUGCUGCUGCACAGUGAGGGUGUGCAGGGGGAUGUCCUUACCUUGGAGCUGAAGAAUGGCCGCCUGUAUUUGCACAUCAGCCUGGGGAGUAGCCCUGUCCACCAGGUAGACGGCCUGACCACAGUGACUGUGGGUAACCUCCUGGAUGACCAACACUGGCACUAUGUCACUAUCAAGCGUGAUGGACGGCAGGUCAACCUGACAGUGGACAGUCAUACAGAGAGUGUCAUCUGCAAUGGGGAGUUCACCUACUUGGACCUAGAUAAUCAGGUAUAUGUGGGAGGAGUGAUUGAACCUAACAUGCCCCACCUUCCUGAUAAGAGCAACUUCCGCGGCUGCCUGGAGAACGUCUUCUACAAUGGGGUCAACAUCAUCAAAAUGGCCCAGUGGGAGGAACCACAGAUCCGUAUUCCUCGUCGGCAGAGAAGCAUACGCUACGCCUGCACAGACCUUAUACUGAAGCCCUUCACCUUUGCUGGGCCAAACAACUAUCUGCAGUUGCCAGGGCUCAACCGUAAACCGCGCAUGGCAGUGAAGUUCAAAUUCCGCUCCUGGGACUACACGGGCCUGCUGAUGUUCACCAGGUUUGCUGAUGGUUUGGGCACCCUGGAGCUUGGGCUGAGUGAAGGCCAAGUUAACGUCACCCUCAUCCAGCCUGGCAAGAAGAAGCUGCAGUUUGGUGCUGGUUACCGCUUGAAUGAUGGCUUCUGGCACACGGUAGAAGUGCUGGCCAGGGACAACUUUGUGACGGUGGUCAUCGAUGAAGACGAGGGCUCUCCUCUCAAAAUCACCAACCCUUUCAUGGUGCGCACUGGUGACCAAUAUGUCUUUGGAGGUUGUCCUAAGACCAACAACACAGCCAGGUGUGAGACAAAACUGAAUGCCUUCCAUGGCUGCAUGCAACAGAUCUUCAUAGACAACGAGCCAGUGGACAUUGACAACAUAUUGCAGUGGCGCUGGGGAAGCUACUCAGAACUACUGCUGGGCACAUGUGGCAUCACUGACAGGUGCACCCCAAACCCAUGUGAACAUGAAGGUAGAUGCAUUCAGUCCUGGGAUGACUUUCUGUGCUUGUGUGAAAAUACUGGCUACAAGGGAGAGGUGUGUCAUAUGUCGGUUUACAAGGAAUCUUGUGAGGCCUACCGACUCAGCGGCAAGUACAUUUCUGGCAACUACACCAUCGACCCUGACUUGAGCGGCCCAGUGAAACCAUUUUAUGUUUACUGUAAAAUGAAAGCCUAUAAAGCCUGGACAGUGGUCAGGCACAAUCGUAUCGAGAACACCAAGGUGACAGGCUCUACGAUAGAUCGGCCCUACCUGGGUGAUGUGGAAUACUACAAUGCUUCCUGGGCUGAGGUCAUAGCCCUGGCGAACACAUCUGAAUACUGUGAGCAGUGGAUUGUGUAUUCCUGUUACAAGUCCCGCCUCCUCAACACCCCCAACGGACGACCGUUCAGUUACUGGAUUGGUCGCAAUAAUGAGAGUCACAUGUACUGGGGAGGGGCCUUCAUGCAGAGCCAGAAGUGUGGCUGUGCCAUAAACCGGACCUGCACUGACUCCAGGUUUUACUGCAACUGUGAUGCAGACUACAGACUAUGGGCUUCAGAUGCUGGCUGGCUGAACUACAAGGAUCACUUGCCUGUUCUGCAGGUCGCUGUAGGGGACACUAACCGGACUGGGUCAGAAGCUCAUUUUAGCAUCGGACCUCUUCGCUGCCAUGGUGACCGAAACACCUGGAAUGCCAUAACUUUCACCAAGUCGACCUACAUAAAGUUCCCUCCCUUCAAGCCUGGCUCAAGUGCUGAUAUCAGCUUCCACUUUAGAACCACUGCCACCCAUGGCGUCUUCCUGGAGAAUUCAGACUUCCGCCAUCGUAACUUCAUCAGGGUUGAACUCAACUCCACAACCAACCUCCUCUUUGUCUUCAUGGUCGGCGAUGGCAUCAUCAAUGUGACGUUACGCUCACCAUGGCCCCUGAAUGAUGAUGAGUGGCACUUCGUCCAGGCUGAAAUCAAUGUGAAGGGAGCUCGGCUUAAGGUUGACUACCAGCCCUGGGCCAUUCGCCGCUUUCCUGGGCAGACCUCUGUCACCAUGAAGUUCACCGAGCCCCUCCUCGUCGGUGCUGCCUGGUUCAAACUGAGGGCGUUCCUGGGCUGCCUCAGGGGACUGCGCAUGAAUGGGGUACCCGUGGAUCUAGCGGGGAAAGUGAAUGAGACGGAGGGGAUACGGCUAAACUGCACGGGCCUGUGUCUGAACACCACGUUGCCGUGCCGAAAUGGCGGCCGCUGCUUGGAGGGCUAUGCCACCUACCGCUGUGACUGCAACAAUUCGGCCUUCGAUGGCUAUUACUGCCACAAAGAUAUUGGAGCCUAUUUUGAGGCCGGGUCAUGGCUACGGUACAACAUCAGGACGGAGGCCAUCUCUGACGAAGCUCAGUGGGCCCAUUGGAUGUACCCCCAUAACUUCAGCCUGGGGUACAACCAGACCAGCGACGAGAUCGAGUUCAGCUUCAGCACCACCCAGACACCUGCCAUACUGCUGUAUAUAAGCUCUUUUGUUAGGGACUACAUCGCCGUCAUCCUCAAAAACGAUGGAAGCGUGGACUUGAGGUACAGGCUAGGUCUGAUCCCUCGUACAUAUCAGGUUUCUUCCAGGAACUUAGCAGAUGGGUUCCCCCACUACAUCAACAUCACAAGACACAACCAUACCAUACGAAUACAGGUGGACUACGCAGAGCCCACUCGAGAGAGUAUGACGCUACUAGAGGAUAUAAGAUUCAACUCUCCCAAGUCCAUGUUCCUGGGGAGGGUGAUGGAGGUGGGGGAUAUUGACUAUGAGAUCCAGAGGCACAAUGCCCCAGGACUGAUAGGCUGCAUAUCAGGGGUGCGGUACAACAUCUAUGCCCCACUUAAAACCUACUUCCGGCCCAAUGAGACCGACCCCCCCGUCACCGUGCAGGGUUAUGUGGUAGAGUCCAAUUGUGGGGCUUUCCCCCCCGUUCAGGGGCUAGUGCCCUGGGAGGCAGAUCCCUGGUACACUGGUCCAGUGUUCUACUACAUCCAUGAUGACCUGCCUACUGCACCAUGGCUGGCACUCAUCAUCUUCCUCAUUUUUGGUUUGAUAUUCCUGGUGGUGUAUGUCCUUUACGUGAACUUCUACCGGUACAAAGGUAGCUACAUCACCAAUGAGCCCAAAAGUUUGGAGUCACCAAGCAGUGCUAAACCCCUGACUGAGUCUGAGCCCGAGCCUGAGCCCCGACGCAGGACCAAGAAGAAUCUUCCAGAAAUACAGGAGGAGCUCACGAGUGAAUAACGCAGCUCGUUUGGGGUGGUAUUUGGUAGUUAUGGUUCAACCGUUAUGUUAUCCAUUUAAUCUGUCAAGUCUGUCGGUUUGGUUUGGUUCCCAUUUUGAUUUGGUUGAUUGGAUCACCCACAAUGAUGAUACAGGUCUGUGACGUGCAUUAUACAGUUGGCCUGACAUGGUGUAUUUGUGAGUUACAGCUCGGCAGGGCUAAUUCAAUCCCAUGCCUUUGCAUUAUGUUGCAGGGUUGACUAAUUAAAAGUGCCUGAAAGGAUAGGAGCAACUAUUCAUGCCUUCCAGUUCUCUCAAACACCAAUGGAUUUUCAUGGGUCCUAAACAUUGAACAUUGCUAGACCAGAUCCACAGAACAUAACAUCAGAGGCUGAAAUCUCAAUAAAAAUGGAUUGUAGAUUUGCAGGGUAAUAACAAAGCUACACAGUUAAGUCUUGUCAAAACCUCUUAAUGGUAAAACUUUCCUGAGAUCUUUAAAUGGAGUUCAGGGGGGUAUUUAGAUCACUAAGCAUUAUUUUAUUAUAGGUAACUAUUUUACAUUUACUACCCUUAUGGUGCUCUUUCACGUGACCUAGCCUCCUCUUAUUAGAAGGGUGCCGUUGCCCUGUUUGAAUGGAAACUGAUAGGUCUCUGACUGUCAGGCUCAUAGAAGGAAUCACAUCCAAUGGAAUGUAAAACUUUCAUGAAAAUCCCUUAGACUGCUCAUUUUAUUCAGCAUGCCCAAGCAUUUGGGAAUGAGCACCAAAGACGACAAAGGUAAAAUACAAUGGACAGAACAACAAAAACAACUUAAAAAAAUAAUGGUUUACGAAAUACAAUUUCUUUGGCGCAGAGCUGUAACAAAACACAACUGUAAAAGAGCUUGGGUGUUUUUAGCAAUUGCGGUUAAGCAAUUUGAAUCCCACCUCUAAGAGUGACACUUUAAUCAGCAUCAAAAAGGCCAACUGAAGGCUUUUAAAGGUCUGCUAAUGAGCCGUUUCUACAUACUCCUGGUUUGCUAUUGUAUGGACACCUUUACUUUAACACUGUAAUAAGUAUUUAUGGUGCUAUAUGGCCCACAGGCUAUUUUUCGCAUAAUUGAGGUUUGUUCUACAAGAAGUUACUCUCCUGAAUGAAAUAGAAAGAUCCAUUUCCCCAUUUGCAGAAUUUAUUUGAGUGUGACAACUAUGUUCACACUUACUGCCGCGAUGAAAAUCUUGAGAGGCAACUGGUACUUUUUGAGGGAGGCAUUUCAAGAAGGCUUACCUGCAUGAGCUCACAAUGCUGAGAUGCCACCACGGAGGUCAGUCCGUCACACUGUAACUGGGAGGGGAUUCAUUCAUUUGAUUUCAUUAGCUCUAUUGUGCCCACUGUUCCGUGUGUUUCUGGAUUUGUUCAUUGACGUGCCGCCGAUUUCUCGGUGCUAUGACACAGUUGCCCAGGUGACAGCCACACGUGCUUUUCAGGGCCUAAGGAUUAAGUUUUUUGACACAAAACUGCCAUGACCCUGAGAGCUGCAGACCACUGCACCGCGUGAAGUUUGUGUUUUUGUGGUAGUCGCUCGAGUGUGUUCAUCGUAAGACAAAUUUUGUUUGGAGGACCACAGUGAUGUAAAUUUUGGCCCUUUACUUCCUGCUUCACUAGUGUAAUUGCAUUUACUGUAGGACGCUGCUACUGCUGCUGCUUUUUUAGCUGCUUGACAGGUGGAUCAUAACCAAUGCUUAGGCUAAGGCAUAGCCACACUGCACUCAUUUUAAAGGGCAUGUUCCUUGAAGAAAAGAAUAUACAAGACAUCAGUAAUCUUUUGCUCUGCAUAUCAGCAUGUCAAAUGCACCUUGCAAGAAAAAACAGCAGCUUACCACAUAAAAUCACACAAGAUGUCUUUGUAUUCAUUUUGUCUGCAGAAAGUCACAGUACCUAGGAUCUAUAUAUCAUAUAUAAAUAUAUAUAAACAUAUAAAUUGUAUAUUUACUGUUUUCUUUUCCUAUCAUACUGGUUUAUAUAAAAUAGAUAAAAUAUUAACUAAUGUCUGAGAGCUCUGAAUGUCAAUUCCUGUAAUGUGUUUUGUGAUGUGGGCAGCGUUCACACAAAGCGAAUUACACUGUUGUUCUUGUUUUUGUGCUUUUUGUCAAAACUGAAAAAAAAAAACAACACAUCUGUCAUUCAAAGGUUCUUCUCACUGUGUUUGAAUACGUAGAAAACCAAAUGCCUCCUUAUCGCUACUUAAAUUCAAAGGAUCAGUUCCAAGGUGGAAACCAGCACAACUACAGAAAUGAUGAUGAUGGAUUGCCACCUGUCAUUUGCUGGUGCAACAGCCCUGAAAAUGAAAAAUGUUUUGCACUCUGACAAUCCCCAGUAUUUUUUUCUGAAAUAUCAUGUCUGGUGUAAUGCAAGAUGGAGAAUAGCACAUCUGAUAUUUAAAUAGCUUAUGUUCAUAUUACAUAUUAUAUUAUUACACAAUAUAAAAAAGACAAUGUUAGAAUAAUUUUUCCAUACCAAAAGAAAAAAUAAUAAUAAUUGAUCUACUGGGCAGGAAAUGAUAUGACAAAUGAAGCUCAGAAGAUGCUGGUCAGAAACAAAUGAUGGAGGCCUUCUAGUUUUUAGUCAGCUGUCUUAAUCCAUAUCAUAUAUAUUAUGCAGGUUUGUGAGAGCUAGGGUUAUUUAACAGAAUGUCAGAGACAAAACAUGGACAUCUGAGUGACACAUAACUUUUACCUGGCUGCAGAUUUCUCCUUUCCUGUGGUGCUGCAUGUCUUGCUGUGUGUAUCGGAGCUUCCUUCCUGUUGCCACUAUGGAAUGACCCAUCACUCUGCUAGUGACCAUUGGAGAAAUGUAUGUGUGGUCCAUAUGUUUGUAUGUGAGAGAGAGUCUGUGUCAGAGAAAGAAAGUCCCUCAUCUGUAACCUCUGCUGGAAAUCCUACUGACAUUGACAAAGUGUUAGCAUCUACUAAAUGUCACUGAAACAAAUUACAACUAAAUCUUGCACUUUAGCAUUUCUCACCGUUUGUGAACAGAUGACGGUGUGGUCCAGGUUGUGUUGCUCUGCAGUGCUACUGAACUUGAUAUCCACAGGCUCCAGUUGCUCAGAGUUGACUGGAGUCUAUGGGCCUCAUUCAUGAAACAUGCAUACGAUCAAUCUUGAUUGUUAAAUGUGCUUACAAACAUUUCCAUGAAUAGUUCGGCAUUAAUAUUUUUUCUUAUCUGAAUUUGUUCUUUGGUAAGACCAAAAUCUAUGUGUUUGGAAGCGCGUAAUGGCAUAUGCAGAAGAUGUUUCUACUUAGAAUGCUUUAUUGUUCAUGCAAAAUAAUUUAUAUUAUAUUAACAUAGUAAUAUAUCAAUAUAAAAUAUGUCAUUCAUUUUAACUGCAUUAACUAGCCUGAAUAACCACAAAUUUUUCACUAGCUUUCAAUUUCUAUUUCAGUUUAACUUUAUUUAGUUUUAAAAGCAGUUUUGGUCAUUUUAGUUUAGUUAAGUUUUUAUUUUGAUUUCAGUUUACGACAUUUUUUUUCCCUCACACAUCUUAGUUCUAUUUUACAAUAAUAACUUUGUUGAGAAUGUGAGUAAUUCAUUUUGUUUACUGAUAAAAGUGAUUUAUGAUGAUUGAUAAUGAUCUAUAAAGACCCACAAUCACAUAGCUGAACCAAACAAAAUGGCGUAUUUGCUGCUUUUGGAUUACUUGGCUAAUCGCGCCUUGGGUAGAGAGCGUCUUUAGGGACCGCGCAUGUAUGAGGUGCAGAUAUGUUUGUAGAGAGUAAUGAAUGUUUGCGCAUGACCCUGAGGGUGGCAUGUCUGUAUGGGAUUGCUAGGGGUUUUCCUUAUGCAAAUCAACACGAACAGGCACGCACAUUCAAUUAACAGCUGGCAUUCAUCCUCUGAUACACCUGGGAUACGCACAAAAUCGAAGGUCUGCGCAUUCCCACAUUGGCUUUUCGGAGGAACAUUUGUUAAGAACAAAAGCAAGAAGAAUUUUAAGAGGUUUUUUGAAUGAGGCCCAAUGUCCCUAACCUCUGAAGAACAAAGGAAGUGAUGUGAAUCGGUUCAAAUAGUACAACUGGAGUAUUGACUCAGGAAAGAAAUCCUUUCACUGUACAGGUUGGAGACAACCACCUUUCAAUUAUUAAUGUAAUGCUACCCUAAUAAAGACAUAAAAACCAUAACAAUUAAAACAGCAGGUUGAAGUGGCCAUUUGCUGUAAUUCAAAUUUGAAUAAUAACAGGGAAUGGUCUAAACGGGUCUUUUGCAUUGACACAGGAGGAUUUACCAUUGUUCUCACAAUGCUGAAAUAUCGAAACAUUCUCACGACUUUAUCAGAACACGACGUGUGAUGGCUGGCACCGGACAACACAUCACUCAGUGAAAGUCAUGUUAGGCCACCCUAAAGAGUGGAGUUAAUGGAGUAAAGUAAUGCAUCGGAUCCGUGUUGCUGCAGUCAGGUUGCAGCUUUUCUUUUCUUUUUGGUUUUGUUUUCUAAGAUGCACUGAAUAUUCUCACAACUAGAGUAAAUCUAGACAAGACAAGUGACUGAGAAUGAACCUGACGCCUGAAUAAAGAAGCUUAAAGAAAAAAGGGUGGUGCAUGUCUUCAUUUAAAUAUGUAAAAAAUAUUAAAGUAUUGUUCAGUAAUGUUCAUGAAUGAACUGACUAGCUUUA